CAAAAUAUAACUCUACUGGGCUCAUGUAUGUGUGCGUGAGCUCAAAUUCAAUGUACUAAGUGCCGCCUCUUCUUACGUAGUAUUAUAUUACUUACUCUAUGCUCUAUACCAUAAGUCAUAACGGCAUAAGAGAGUGACUCUGAGAGUGACUACUUCAAUAAUUGUGAGCCAAAUAUAUAAGUUUUGGGUGAAAGUCAUAUAAAUAUAACAAGAAUGUCUGGAGAUGAUGACAGAGCAUGGAUGGCCAACGAGAGUCAGCAGUUGCAGGCGACUUUAUUCGAGGCACUGUACGGGAAUGACAUAUCAGAUGACGAGGAACAACAUUCGUUCCUUGUUUAUGAGACCGACAGCGAUGAGUAUGGCGAGUCGGAGGAGCCGUUUGCAUUCAGUUAUAGUCCCCCGUCGUCUCCAGUGCACCGAGCGAAAAAGCUAGACACUUCCUUUGUCUGCAAACGUGAACGCUCUCGUUCCCGUUCGCCAUUAGAGCCACGUCCAAAAUCACCUCUAGAAUUGUCGGAUGACGUUAUCAUAUAUACGACGAUGAGGGAACACGACAAGACGCUGCCUAAGGUAACAAAUAUGAAUUUCUUAUAUCCAAACGUGGAAGUGUCGUUUGUCCAGACCCCGGGUAUAUCGGGCAAGGGGAUUGAUCGCGGACGUGUGCGCUCUCGGGGACGAGGACGUGGUCGAAGACUGGGGAUGGAACGUUGUCACCGGGUCGGUAAAAAAGAUUUACAGUGGAAUGUCGGUCACCCACUUCAAGAAAUUUGGCUAUCUGAUGACGACGUCCCAUCCGAAUUACGGCAAAUGGCACGGGACGUUAUAAACCGGAGACUGAAUGAGAGGGUAAAGAAAGAGCCUGAGGAGGUCGUUGAUGAGGCAGUUGUUUCUCUGCAGCGUGAAGACCUUCAUUUCGAGUGGUCUCCAAUGGAGACUUUUCAAGGUAAAGAAGAAAUAUUUCGGCCUGCACAUACCGGCGCUGUCGCCUCCUAUACGUCAGCAUACGACGCGUUUCGUUCUUACUGGGACGAUUCCAUCUUGCAGAUUAUAGUCAACGAGACGAACCGAUAUGCCACCAAUAUAAAUUCUACUUCUUUUCAAGCCGAGUGGUACCCAACUAACGUCCACGAAAUGCUAUGCCUCUUCGCAUUCUGGAUAAUGCUGGGCAUUAUCCGGAUGCCAACGAUACAAAGCUGCUUCACUGAACAUCCGCUGAUGAAGACAACGGUUUUCCGGCAUAUCUUUAGCAAUCGUAGAUAUUCUGAUCUUACACGGGCAUUGCAUUUCGUCAACGAGGCCGCUCACGAUCGAAAUGUGAAACCUCCCAUAAGCGACCCCGAUCCAAUAUAUAGUUUGAGGCCUAUAGUCGAUCAUCUUAACGCCAAAUUUCAGGGAAAUUAUAUACCUAGUCAAAACAUUUGCAUAGACGAAAGUCUAACCCCUUGGAAGGGAAAGGAUCUCAAACAUUAUGUUCCGUCAAAAGCUGCAAGGUAUGGGAUCAAAACGUUUGAAUUAUGUGAAAGUGCUACAGGUUACCUCUUGUCUUUCAUAAUUUAUACGGGUAAGGAAACUAAAGCAGAAAUGAAACGAGCCCCAAUGGCCUCAACAGGUUUUGCGCUAGUUAAAAGGCUUAUGGGUCCCUUACUGAAUAAGGGAUAUCGACUAUUCGUGGGCAAUAGGUUAAAUUCUCCGUUGUUGGCGCGAUUUUUGAAACGUAACGGUACUGACUGUGUUGGUACCAUACGACCGACUCUUAAAGACGUGCCCUACUUGAUAGCCAAAGCUCCGCUAGAGAAGGGACAGCUUCUAGCAAGGCAUUCUGGGGACGUAUGUGUAUUGGCAUGGGAAGACAAGAAAAGAGUAACCAUGAUCUCAACUUGCCACAGUAGUGCCACUGGUUUGUCCCACGUACACACGAACCCAGUAAAGCCCAUCCCAUUCAAGCCUCAAGUAGUUUUGGACUUCCUGAAGUCAAUGGGUGGGGUAAAUCUCAAAGACCAAAUGCUGGAGCCGUACGUGAUAGAGCGGAAACGGUGUUCUAAGUGGUAUAUGAAAAUGUUCAAGCGUUUGUUGAACGUCUCCAUUCUUAAUGCGCGCAUCCUAUUGGAAUCUUCUCAAAAAUCCCGCGUAGACCAUUUGUCUUUUCGGCUCCAAAUAGUAGACGCCAUUCUCUCCCGUCAUUUACCUCAAGUUCCCGUUACUCGUAAGGAUAAGCCACAGAAACCGAAGGAUAAGCCACAGAAACCGGCACAGAUAGCGUCUGUUCACGAUCACUGGCCUGUUUUUCUCACAAAGCGGACAGAGAAUGAGCGUCGAGAUAAUCGUCAAGCCAGGCACAGAUGCGUUGUGUGCUAUUCGAACGGCAUCCGGCAAAAAACGACCCCAUUCAUGUGUGAGACUUGCAAUGUGCCGCUUUGUGCGGUAAAUUGUUUCAAGGCCUACCAUGUUUCAUAAUUUUGUCUUUUUGUACCUUAUGGAUAAUCCUAGUAACCUUUUUUCCUGAGCUGCAGAGAAUGCCAGGUUGAACAGUGUAUUAUAAAUAGUAUCGCAUAUUCUAUGUGUAAAAAGGAACACCGGAUGAAGGGACCAAAAUCGUACUCUUCGCCACCGCUAAAAUCCACUAAAAUAGUUCAACAAUUUUAAAGUAAAUCGAUGGACCCGCUGGUGCCACAGCCUUAUCCCGCAUACAAACAAACCGGUCCAUGGGUGGGGUGGACCUCAAAGACCAGAUGUUGGAGCCGUACGUGUGAGGGGAUGUGUGUGUGUCUGCGCCCCGUGCCAUUGGUGCUUUUACUUCUCCUUUUUUGUUUUUCUUCUAAUUUUUAUUGUAUACUAUUUGUGUCCUUUCUACUAUUUGUGUCAUUUCAAACUCUGUAUAUACAAGUUGUUGUUUUGCAUCCCCACCAUGUUUAAAGAGUCCAUUGUAAUGGGCACAUUAACUGGAAUCUGAAUAUUUGAUUAAAUUAUUUUACGAUGAUUUAAAAUUAACAUCCACGUAUAUGUCAGAAAAUGACCACGGCAACGCGAACAGCUCAGACACACGGCCGGCACCAGCUGUUUGCAAUCGAAACGGUUAGUCGCCGGCGGCCGUGGCGUGCCUCAAAGCACUUUGUGUGUGUGUGUGUGUGUGAGUGUGCUGUGUAGCCCGAAAAUCAUCGAUGCCACACGGGAUGAGUCGGAGUGAUUCCCAUUACACGGGUAGUUUUUAUUUUUAAUCAAUACUUAUUAUUAAAGGUGUAUUUCGGUAUUUAUUUUUUCAUUGAUUCGUGUUCUAUAAGUGGAGUAUACUAACCUCCGUAAAAAUGGCGGGUAUGCAAAACAACACCUUUUAUAAUGUGAUGUUUAUUGCUUUUGCAUGUAUCAGUGUUAACAAUACAUGCAAUGAAACAAAAUAAAUACUUUUGUUUUAUAAUUGUUUACGUUAUAUCUUCAACUUGUUAUCUAAUGUUAUCUAAUUUGCAUAAAACAUAAUUUAUAUGAAUUUCAAUGGAAAUAAUGGUCGUCUAAAGAAAAUCGAGAUCUUAAAAAUUAACAUUGUAAUUAUAUAAUCCACUGAAUGCUUGACAUCUUGCCGGCUAACAUGACAGCUACAUGACAGCUACGCGUGUCACGGGAAUAUAACCUUAUUAUAUAUUACAUAAUAAGGUUAUUUUUCCGUGACACGCGUAAUGUCAUGUAACUGUCAUGUAGAUGUCAUGUAGCUGUCAUGUUAGCCGGCAACAUGUUAAGCAUUCAAUGGUUUGAUUAGCGUAGUUUUCAAUAUUGGCACGGCAAAGUGACCCGACUGCAUCUGAUGGAAAAUGGAGUUGGGUCUAAUAGAAUGUCGACUGACUGGAAAUGAUGACCCCUCGGCAUUCAACACAAUUAUGCCGGCCUGUUGGAGACGGAUAUACACAGGCUGAUCCCAUAACGCGACACACUUCGUGGGCCACUAUGGCGGGUUUUAAUACCUUGUGUACAGUGGUCGCUAUCCCAACGGAUAUAAAAUAUAUCCUACUAUGUAUAAGCAUAAUGAUAAAUAUGUAUUAAAAUGAUGAUAAUUGUAACAAAAGUUGUUAUGUAAAGUAAUGUUUGAAAAACGGCCCACCGAUCAUUGUGCUAUUGUUUGCGUGUAUAUUAUUAUUUUUUAUUGACUUAAAUUUAUGGCUGUAAAUAUAGUAAUGUAAAUGUACGCUGUUAAUUAAUUAUAAAUUAUUGUCCUUUUUUC